AGUAAAGUGAGACUUGAGGCGGAAAGGGCAGUGACGUGCAACGUCACUGCGGGAUGAAGCCGGUGAGCAGAAGACUGUCAACUGUGUAACAGCAAAACAAACAACAAACUGGCUGAAAAGUGAAAGGUUUCACUUUUACUAAAGUGUAGGUAACACUCCGUUUAGUCUACCGGAAAUAGAAAGCAGAGCAGACAUGAAGACCGUCUUUGUCACCGUGGGAACCACCAGUUUUGAUGAGCUCAUUGAAACCGUCACGACAUCCGAGACUGUUCAGGCUAUAAAGGCACGUGGAUAUGAGCGUUUGGUUCUUCAGGUUGGAAGAGGAUCUGUUCUUCCAGCUGCUGACAGCUGUCCGCACAUCACAUUGGAGGCCUUUCGAUUCAAAGACUCCAUAGCAGAGGACGUGAAGCAGGCCGACCUCGUCAUUAGUCACGCUGGUGCAGGAAGUUGUCUGGAGGCAAUGGGAGCAGGAAAGUCUUUGCUGGUUGUUGUCAAUGACAAACUGAUGAACAACCAUCAACUGGAGUUGGCCCAACGGCUACACCAGGACUCUCACCUCUUGUACUGCACAUGCAGCACUUUGACAGAAACUCUGAGAACCAUGGACCUCUCAGUUCUGCAGCCAUUUUUACCUGGACAACCAGAGAAGUUUGCAAACUUCCUGGAUAAUGCCCUUGGUGUUCAAUGAGACUCUUUAACUACUGUACUGCAGAACAAAUGGAUACAACUGGAGAUGGUCUACCAAAUAUUUCUAUUUACAAUAAUGUUUUUUUCCUUAUGAAGUGUAUGAUUAUGAUAAUGUUGUUUAUGCUGCUAAUGAUUCAACCUACAAUUGUAAAUACAAUAAAUUAAAAUAUUUGUUUUCUAUUUCUUA